UUUUUUAAUUCAAAUUUGAAUUUUGAAUUUUGGCCGGUUGGGUACCGGCCGGAACCGGAACCGGUCCGGACCGGUUUGACCGGUAACCGGUCAAACCGGACCGGUUCCCACCGGUUAAGUGAACCCUGGCUGCGACAAGCUUGAUGCCCCCAAGGCCGAACGCCCCACAACAGCCCAAGAAACCUACCACUGGCUUGUCAAAGGCAGCAAGGAAGAAGCCGGGCCCGAAGAAGAAGAUGCCUUCUUCAACUCUGGUGGCCUCUGCUUCAACGCCGACAAUAAAUUCUUCAGCGUCGGCAAGCAUCACAGCUCCCAAUUGUGGCACCGAGGAAGACACCCAUGUUGCCAACAACGUGUUUGAUGGAAUGUCUGCAAGGUAUGAUAUAAUCUGUUCUUCCAUUCUGCAAUGGCAGGGCUGGCAGGGAACCCAGCAAACCAUCAUUUAAGUUCAGUAUUCAGUAGUUGCAAAUGAUUUUUGUUCACUGAAUUGAUGCUUCAGUUUCAACUUUCCACAGCCUUAGCUUUUGGGAACAGAAAUGUGUAGCCUCCAGUCAGUAACAGCAAAUAAAAUCUAAAAAAAAUAUAUACUGUCAGUACAGAGUAGCACCGUUGGAUGCUUCUGCUUGUUUUUUUUUAAAAAAAGUUGUUGGAUGCUUCUUAAAUGAUGAUGUCCCUGUCCAUACAGAAACGUUGCAAAAAUUCAAGUGUAAUAUACCCCUGCCACUUAUAAAGUUGUUGAAUGCUUAAUUAUUUUAUCUAGUAUGUUUGCAUAUUUGUUCUGUUGGAAGUGAAUACUUGUUCUGGCAUAUCUUGCUGUUACACAAACAGCCCCUCUCAGGCUCUGGUGGAGAACUGCAAGUCCUGCCUUAUGAUCUGAAAUUUUUUGUGUAACUCUGUCUUCGAAUUGUUUUCCAGCGGAACUGAAAGGCCAGUGUGCUCAAGAAUGGCAGUACCAUCUCAAGAAAUGGCUUUAGUCUUCUUUUCUUGCAUGGAAAUAUCUCAUCUGCAUCUUUUUCUGUGACACAGUAGCACACUAGCAUUUUAGCUUCCAUGCACCAUGCUGAACAUUUCUGUCUGUCCACAGAUUCAGACAGGGAUGACCAUGUUUUUGGCUUUAUCACUGAAGUAGCUAGUGAAAUGGUGAAAAAAACUUCAUUUUAGCUUAUUUCAGCUUGUUCCAGCUGAAAGAUAACGUGGUCAGGAGAUCUGAAUAUUUAUAACUGCAGGGGUACUUGAUGCAGGGGUAGCUCAUGCAUCUCUAUAUAUGAUGAAUUUGUUUGAAUGUGCAGUGCCAACUCUUUUUCCAAUAUGAUGGAUGAAAGUGUUGAAGUAGAAAACAUUUCUCUCUUCUAACCAUUGCCAAGUGCUGAUGAGGAGCAUGAUGAAGACGACACUUUGAUCAGUCCAACAAGGAAAAGAGGACACAGGUCUGCCAAUUAUUCAUCAGAUGAAGAUGUUGCCUUGAUCAAGGCAUGGGAGUUUGUGUCCCUUGAUGCCAUUGCAGGAGUUGAUCAGAGUAGUAGCACUUAUUGGAGCCGCAUCUCAGAGCACUUUCACUGUAAUGCUAAUACAACAAUGACUAGAACAAUCGGGGCGCUCCAACAUCGUUGGUCUACAAUCCAAGAAUGUUGUAACAAAUGGAAGUCAUGUCUUGCUCAAGUUGCUCGCCAACAUCCAAGUGGAGUCCCACUUCAAGAACAAGCCAACCUCGCCCAGGAGAGGUACAAGGCCAUGGAUCAGCAGAAGCACAUGCCUUUUACCAUACAACAUUGCUGGACAUUGCUGCAAAACAAUCAGAAGUGGAUAGACAGGGAGUUUGAAUGCCCACCAAAGAAGCCAAGGUCCAACUAUUCGUCUUCAGCUGAUUUUGAAGCUCAUGAGGAGCAUGAAGGGACUGAUGAAAUGAGCAAGAGGCCUGCAGGGAGGAAGAAGGAGAAAGAGAGGUCGAAGAAAGAUGCCGGUGGCUACAAGGAGGCGAUACAAAAGAUGAUCGAAUCAAAGGAGAGGCUUGCGGUUGACAAGGACUCAAGGUGGACGGAAAUCAAGGCCAUUGAGGAGCGCAAUUUGCAAUUGAAGAGCGCAAAGCAGCUGCGGAAGAGCGCAAGGCAGCAAACGAGGAAGAGAGACUAAGGCUCAAGGGUGAGAAGGCACGGGCUCAAGCAGCUGCGGAAGAGCGCAAAGCAGCUGCAAAGAAGAAGGACGAGGACCAAAAAAUUAUGUUCAUGGACACGAGUGCUCUUGAUGACACACAGAGGGCAUAUGUCGAGGCCAUGCGUGCUAAAAUUCUAGCUGAAAUACUAGGAGGCAGUGGAGGUGGGAGUGUCUAGUGCAUGUGUUCCUAGUUUGUUCUGUUCCUAGUUUGUAUUCUGUUCCUGAAACUCUUGUUGCUUGUACUGAAUCAUGGUCUGAAUUAUGGUCAUGAGAGUAUCAGAUUCUGAUGAAUGGAACAUGGCCUGAAUGUUUUGAUCAAAA